AUGUCGAUAUUGAAGAAGAUCAACUUGAGACAGCUCAAGGAGGUCAAGCAGCUCCUGGCGCUGAUCUUUGGCGAAACUUAUAACCCACAAAACGUGAGGAACGGGGCCAAAGUGUUGCGCGCCCCUCUCAAAGGUCCUGAAGUUGUGUCCUGGUAUGGAGUUAAUGAUGCUGCUCCAACCUUCAAGGAUUUCAAGGAGUGGUUCCCCGAGUUGAGAUUGGUUGAUCCAAAGGAGGCAUAUCGGGUGAAGAUGGUUGCAGACAGAAAGAAGAGAAACAAGGGUGCCCCAAAGAAGAAGUCGAGCUAG